GGAUCAUCGUCCCCAAUAAAGAUGGUGACGGUCACACGGGCCUAUCGCCAUCUGAGGCAUUGAUUUGUUUUCUGCAAACACCAGAAAUGUGUUUGAAUUUCCACAUUGCUGUUUGUCCUUCCACUUGAGGAGGAGCAUUUGGAAUGGCAGGAAGUAGCUUACAUCAGUGAUGUUUGGCUGGAAGAGCAAGGUGAAGCAGGAAAACUGCAGGUUUGACGAUACUUCACCUUGCUCAUUCCUCGGACUCCAACCCACUUCGAUUCUGAAAGAUUUGACUGUUAUUUCCGGUCAGUCAGCUUGCCGAAGCAGUCAGAUUGCGUCAUACUAAUCUGAAUAAAAAUGACAUCAGGAGAUGAGCUUCCAUCACAUCUCGCUGUCAAUACCUCCAACGUUCAAAUUCUUAACUCUGAGACCUCAAAAAGACUUGUCGAAAAUUUUGUAAUCGCUCUCAUGAACAAGGAGCUUUUCUACAUCCGCACAUUCUUUUCGACAUACAAAGCAUGUGCCACUGCUGAAAGUGUGUUGUACAUCCUCCUGGACAAAUAUGGAAGCUUUGACACCUCAGAGGCAGAAGAGAUUCCAGUAAUCGAUUCAGUGAGCACAAACAGCGGAAACAGUGAUAACAUUCUGAGCUGUGAGGAGCUUGAAAAUCCAGUGCCUCCAGAGACAGUUGCAGAGAUCAGAAAGUCCAAAACCUUUGACAGUCCAAACUCUGAGAAAGAUGAAGAACCAAGUUCACCAAAAGCGACUGCAGAAAUCUCAAAUUCUGGAAAUGUUGACAGUGCAAAUGGUGAGGAAAAUGGAUGUUGUGGUUCUUCAGGAUCCAGCGAAAUAAUUGCUGAAUAUGGAAGCUUUGACACCUCAGAGGCAGAAGAGAUCCCAGUAAUCGAUUCAGUGAGCACAAAGUCCAAAACCUUUGACGGUCCAAACUCUGAGAAAGAUGAAGAACCAAGUUCACCAAAAGCGACUGCAGAAAUCUCAAAUUCUGGAAAUAUUGACAGUGCAAAUCGUGAGGAAAAUGGAAGUUGUGGUUCUUCAGGAUCCAGCGAAAUAAUUGCUCAGUCCAAAACCUCUGACAGCCCAAACUCUGAUAAAGUUGAAGAACCAAGUUCACCAAAAGCGACUGCAGAAAUUUCAAAUUCUGGAAAUGUUGACAGUGCAAAUCGUGAGGAAAAUGGAAGUUGUGGUUCUUCAGGAUCAAGCGAAAUAAUUGCUCAAAAAGAGGAAGGAACAAUCCAGAAUCAUUUUGAUUUGGAGGAGGUCCAACUUCAAAAGGAGCAAGAAGGCGUUUGCAGCAAAAGCACAGACUUCAACAGAUCAAGCUUUCUAGAAGAAUAUAAUUUCAGUCCUGCAGAAAAGGAAACACUAAUGAAAAUUGCUAUUCCUGAAAUUCUCGAAAUCUGGCUGGAGGAGUCUGCCGAAGACUUUCGUCAAGUUCCAACUUACUCUUGUCUCCAGAAGGUUCUUUCCUACUUGAACCAGACAGUGCCGGGGUCAGAUGCUGAAAUUCGGGCCCAGAAACUCCUGAGUCGGUUUUUGGCGGAGGAAACAGCGGAGAAAGAGAUGUUCAAAGGCUACCGUAGAAGAGUCAGAUUCUAUGUGGGAGAAGAACACGACCAAACCAUCGAACAAUUUGACGAAAAGCUCCUGUCCUACCCAUCACGCUUCAUUGCAGAGCAGCUGACUUUUAUGGAUGCUGAUCUUUUUCGGAAACUUGUGCCCAGCCAAUGUUCAGGGUCCAUCUGGUCUCAACGAGGGAAGGAAGGAAAACAGCAUCUGGUAUCAACCGUCCAGGCCACCAUUACACAGUUCAAUAAUAUUACAAAAUGUGUCACCAGCACCAUAUUAAGACCACGGCAGAGGGCUAAAAUCAUUGAGAAAUGGAUUGAUUUGCCCAGGAAUGUAGGAUUUUGCAGAAUUUCUCGUCAGUGCAUGCAAUUACCACGGCAUUGCAAUCGAAUAGUGUGUUCAAUUUGAAGAAGACUUGGGCAGCCGUGUCAAAGAGCAGUAAGACAACAUUUGAAGACCUUUCAAAUAAUGAAGAAGAUAACUUUAUAGCAAGUAGAGAGCUGUUAAUGGAGGUAAGGUGUUGCACUUGGCCCAGUGUGACUAUAUUCAGGGCAUGAUCAACAUUUUCAAGUAAAAUAUCUGCAAUGAACUAAGUUGGUGACUGAAUGCGUACAGAUGCUGUCAAUCAACAAUGCAACAGGGAUAUGUGUAUUGCAGUCCAGGUGGUCUAGCUUGGCUCAAGUCUUCCAAGAUUGUUUUGCCAUGAUUCUUGUAAUUGCUGAUGAUAUUGCAGUUAACUUUUUCAUCAACAUCUAAUUUGGUUAUACUGCAGUGAUGCAGCCUUCAUAGAUUAUCUUUCUCAGUGUUCAUUAUCUUGGAAAUUUGAACUGAAGCAAUGUCUAUGAUGCAGUGAUGCAGCCUUCAUAGAUUAUCUUUCUCAGUGUUCAUUAUCUUGGAAAUUUGAACUGAAGCAAUGUCUAAAGUGCAAUAUGUGCCAAUUUCUUUUUCUUUUGCUUUGUACACUUCAAGGGCCUUGUAAUUAAUAAAGGCCAAGGCAAAACGUUAAGAGAUUUAACUGGUUCUCAUAAGUAUUUUUACUCAAUUACCAUGUCUUCCUUUUAUUGUUCUCUGCAGUAAGAACUAUUUGCUGCGUAGGAAUGGAGAGAUAUUCAUAUCUCUUUGUUUGCUCAGUAUUUCAGACAUCAACUGUCUCGUUUCAACUAGCUUGGACCAAAACUGACAAGUUUCUAGCCAUUCCUCCUCACUCCUUGUAUCAUGCUCUUUGUCCACUCAUUUUGCUCCUGAAUUUGACAAAAUAACAAAAUAAUUGGUCAGAUAUAAAUAUUUUGGUGCCACUUUACCAAACUAGUUGUCCAGCUCAGAAAAUAGUCAAAGUUUUCUUAUUCUCUAAAUCAUUCUUAGAUGGUAUUGAAGCAUUUUUAAGCUGGUGUUUGAAGAGGGAGAAAUGCAAUAAUCAUGCUAGCAUGUUGUCAGUUUGAAAGACACUCCAUGUUUCAAACUGCUCAAUGUUCUAGUUGCAGUGAACUAUCUUUUUACAUUGCUUUCCAGAUGUUUGCCCCAGAAUUUCUACUGCCCUGCUGUCACACUUUGUUUAUUGUGUGUUGUGAUUGGUGCACUGUGCAGAAUUUCAACAUAUUUUUCUGAUCUAGAUUGAAUCUAAAAGUAGGUUUGCUUUUAUAAUCAAAAAUGUGUGCUCUGCAUGAUAAUUGUUUUUGUGGUGCAAAAUUCUGUAAGUAUAUAGGGGAAAAUGUGAGUUCAUGAUUGGACAGUUGUAUAACUUGCAUAAAGCUUUCUCCCAGAUUAUGCAGUGAAUUACAGUGCAUGGUUUGCUAAUCUUUCAGCAUCUUACACAAAUGUGCUUUGGCAGUGGUGCAGGGCACCGCAAUAGUUCUUGCUGUGUGUACAUUAAUGUUCA